CAAACAGCGAGAGGGGGGUGAGCCUCACGCAGAAUCUGAACCGUCCCGUGCAGAAAACACUAGAGGCGAGAUCUCCUGCUGGAAUUGCUUAUUAAAAGAUCUGCUCCAUAUCAGCCCUGAAUAAUUCAAAGAUAUCGCCUACAAUGGAAGAUGGCAGGGAAACCGCUGCGAUGAAAGAGCAAAAACGGAAGGAUCGACAAAUAGGCUCUGAAUUGAUCUCACAAAAUUACAAAGAUCGGUGGUGUUACACAAAUGAUGAUAUUCAAGCCUUGGAGAGUGGAGACAGUGACAUUGGCGUGUGUGGUUGGAUCCUGGUUCUUUUCUCCAUCCUGCUCACAUUGCUGACUCUGCCUCUCUCCAUAUGGAUGUGCAUUAAGAUAGUGAAGGAAUAUGAAAGGGCUAUUAUCUUUCGUCUGGGACGCAUUCUACGAGGAGGAGCCAAAGGACCAGGUCUUUUCUUCAUCUUGCCGUGCACAGACAGCUUUAUCAAUGUGGAUAUGCGCACCAUCACCUUUGAUAUCCCCCCUCAGGAGGUGCUGACAAAGGACUCUGUGACAGUGAGUGUAGAUGGUGUAGUCUACUACCGUGUGCAAAACGCAACGCUGGCAGUCGCCAACAUCACCAAUGCUGAUGCAGCCACUCGUCUGUUGGCACAGACCACCCUGAGGAACGUGCUGGGUACAAAGAACCUGGCAGAGAUCCUGUCUGACCGGGAGGAAAUCGCCCACAGUAUGCAGUCCACACUAGAUGAUGCCACAGAUGACUGGGGUAUUAAAGUAGAACGUGUGGAGAUUAAGGACGUCAAACUGCCCCUGCAGCUCCAGAGGGCCAUGGCGGCAGAAGCUGAAGCAACCAGAGAGGCCAGAGCUAAGGUGAUAGCUGCUGAGGGAGAAAUGAAUGCGUCACGGGCACUGAAGGAGGCAUCUCUGGUGAUCGCAGAGUCCCCUUCUGCUUUGCAGCUGCGCUACCUCCAGACCCUCAACACCAUCGCAGCAGAGAAGAACUCCACCAUCAUUUUCCCUCUGCCCAUUGACAUGAUGCAGUCCUUUAUGAAGCACUGAACUAAGAGCCACACACACACACCCACACACACACACACACACACACACCUACAGAUGCAUCCAUGCAGAAAUGAACAGACUGAUGUUAUAUAACAUGCGCUCAUGUGAGUAUGAUGUACAGUCGGAUCCAGAAGUCUGAGACCAUAUUGAAUUCUGGUAUUCCGUUUUUGAAAACUUAAAACUAAGAAACAUCAUUACAUGAAUAAGAAAUAUAUGAGGUUAUAUUUGCAAGUCACUAAUCAAAUAAGUGUAAAUUGUUCAUCAAUUUGGUAAUCAUGUGACUCUGAACAUAUAGUCAGAUCUCGAAUAAUUCUGAAGUGUACUUUCAUCAAGUUUUACACAAAUUUGUCGAGGUCAUGCAGCUUGAGUGCUGCUGUUGUUGAAAUGCAUGUGCAUUCUGAAGCCCGUGCACAUUUUUAAAUUUGAACCACUCAAAUUGUUAUUCUGAUAAUGUACUAUAUUAGAAAAAUGCAAAAUGGAUAGAUUUUCACUAGUAGUCUCUUUUUUGGACCCUACUGUACAUACAUCACAUAAGCACAGCCUGAUGCGUGAUCUGUAGAUGUUCCUAGUAAAGACCUGUUCACUCUGUCUGAAGGAAAUCUGAUAACAGCCAAACAAUAUGAAAGUCAUUCAAUAUUUGCUAAAUAUUUUCUUCUUUUUUUUUUUUUUUAAAUCACAUCAUUGCUUUGUUUUAAACCUUUUUUAAUUAAUAUCUAGAAUUUGGAUUUGAAUAGGUCUUACAAAAUUAAAUUGUGUAAAAUAUCUCACAGACCAGAGCUGGUUGAUCUUUUAGUUACUGAAUACUGUAAUGUGAUGUUUGGCUUUUUGGUUGAUGGAUUAUGGAACAUCUCCUGGUCACACGAGUGCAUGUGUGUGUUUUAGGCAUAUGUAACCUAACCUCCUUGAUUGCCAAACAGAUAAUAAACCGUCUCUAAGGAAAGUGUGGAUAGUAUCAGGUGUCAAACAUGAAACUGACAGCAGUGCUUAUUGUGCCUACCAGUUUUUCUCCCUUUCCUGAACCUUUAUUAACGCUGACUGUCAAUAUAAAAGCCUUAAGCCAUAUCCAUUUCAACUACUAAAUAUGUACAGGUUUACAUGAUGUUGGUUGAUUUUAAAAACCACAAUGCAUUUAUACAUCCAUUUCCAGUCAUAUUAAUAUUUUAUCGCUUGGUUUAUGAAAUCUUUAUCUUACUGUUUUAUCUACCAUACAUUUACAUACAUGUAAUAUGAUAUUUUUUUACAUCACACUGCAGCUGAAAACAAAUUAAGCCUAGAGAGGUCAAUGUUUGCUUUUAAUGACUGUAUUUGCUGCUUCAGAUAUCAGAGGAUGGAAUUACGAAGACUUGUCAAAGAUGUGAAAUUAGUGUCAGUGCUGCUUAGGACUGUUUAAGGUUUCGACAAUAUUUGGGAAUAUUUGUAUUUCAUCAUGUAUCAGUCUAUCACAAUUCUAUAUGUAAUUGUUUAUUCUGUCAGCUAACUGAUGUAUGCUGAAUAUCCCAUCUGUUGUUUUGUCCAUCUCACUUUCAUGUACACUGUAUAAUAUUGAAUGUUUUUGUUUGCAUAUUUCUGAUGUGUGAUUUCCCCAUUCCCCUCAAUAAAUCAUAAUGUGUAAUCUUU